UCUUUAGUAUGUUCCCAAAACGUAACUCUCGAAUAGGAGGAAUUAAAAUAUCAUCGGGCGAAGACCGAAUUACAAUGUCAAGGCCACUUCCGGACGAGGUUUCCAGCCGACCAAUCAGAUCGUGGGAAUCUUCUUCGGCCUGCGUGCAAAAACUGGAAGAUCAAAUCGAGGUUUUGAAGCAACAGAAUGCAGACCUUCAAUUGAAGCUAAAGCUGAAGGAUGAUUUGUAUCAGCAGCUGAUUGAGGAAGACAGUCAGGAAAGAUUCGACAAGCGAAGAGUUUAUCUGUUGAAAUGUCAAGUCAUGCAGCUGGAAAGACAGUUAUUACUGCAGUCGGAGGCUAUUCAGAGUCGAGCAACGGUGAUGUCUGAGUUGGACAUUUUGCUCACCGAAAUUAGAGACAAACUAAAGUCUCUGGUAUGUGAGACUUCUGGGUCUCACGUUGCAUCGUUGAGCACACAUGCUAGUGAACUGCUCGGUCAUGUGGAAUCAGUGCGUUGCUGCAUGCAGAGAGCUGUGCAGAAGUCAACGCGUGGACAGCAGGGCUUGCCGUUGGUCUUUAGAAAUUUGUUUGCUAGAGAUGACGGUGAAUCGACGUCUCUGUUGGAUGUCUGCAGUGGAUCGUUGGAUCAUGUAAACCUGGUGCAAGUCUCAGCGUUAGAAUCAAGACUCGCCAGCUUAUUUCAAGAUUUAACGACGUUGCUGAAGGCGCUCAGAAUGGUUUCACCUUCUAGGCCCACUGAGUUUGUCAAUGUUACAAUAGAAACAUUACAUCCUGCAACACAGCACGUGGAUGAGAUUAUGUCUCAUGUACUACAUCAGCUGGAUGACUGUUGCUAUGAGUUGCUUCUUUUGUCUUCCCUCGUUCCUACUACACCAUGGAAAAGGCCACUGAAGAAGGUCUCUCAUUUGGAGCUAAGAUCAAAAAACAUCCUGGAGAAGAUGCCUUCGUCAAUACGUAACAAAAAGGAGCUUGUUAGAGAGGUUGAUGCCAUUGUGAAAGCAGUGAACUGUACUCUUGACCUUCUGGAGAUGAAGCACUCGGCACUCGAACACGAGUUAGCAUUCCACAAAUCCAUAUAUGACCUGCAGAUCAGCUAUACAGAUUCACUCUUCGAUGCUGUAAGAGCUGGAUUUGAAGACUUCCAGCAAUCUGUUGCAUCACACGUUUGUCAACCUCUAGAUGCAAUCAUCACAUCCUUCAGUGUCCUCGAUGCGACAUCAUCCGACGAUGCUCUCAGACAAUUUCUAACGGUUAUGAGAGAUCAUUCCUCAAGACUACAAGAGGUUGUGGCCUCUCUAAGACCUCAAACUGGAAGUAAUAGUCAAGAGGCGUUGUCUGAGUAUGGAAAAAGUUUCUUCACACAAUUGAAUAAGAGACAACGUGAAUGUGCAGCAGAACGAGACAGAAGAGCAGAUGAAAUCCGCAUGCAUGAAUCACAACAGAAAGAGACAACCCAUCAGUUCAGUAACUGUUCUCUAUCCAGACGACCAUCGGCUGAAAUGAAAGGCGAUGUAACUGGUGACAAAUCAAGGCAGUCAGCGAUUAGCAAGUCAAGAAAGCCACCAGCGAAACCGCAAACAGGAGAACAAUUGUCAACAAAGGGCAAACCAGAAAUCGAGAGAGAAGGCAAAAGGCCACAUGAUCAAACCAAGACGAAAUCCACAUGUGCAUACAGGCCACCUUGGGAUUCCAAGUUCUAGUGU